UGACGUAAGCCGUAAGUGUCGUAACCAGGCGUGCAACCACCGCCUCUGCCUCUGGGAGUUGAAGUUUCUGAAGGAGGACUAACGCGUGGAGCCGAGAGCACUUCAGAAAGGCUUUCUGACCGCACCCUGGCGUUCCCCAUCGGCCCCGCGGCUUGAGACAACAAAUAUGUCAUCUGACGUGCUGCCAGCACCUAUUGAGCCUCCGAAUGUGGAAAACAAACCAGGUGCCAGUGACGGUGAGGAGGAGACACAGAAGCCAAGAGUGGAUGCAGGGGCUGAGCCAAUAUCUAAACGGCAGCUGAAGAAGCUGAUGAAACAGAAACAAUGGGAGGAGCAACGGGAGCAGCGCAAGGAAAAACGAAAAGAAAAACGCAAGAGAAAGAAAUUAGAGCGACGUCAGCUAGAGCCCAACUCAGACGGAAAUGACAGGAAGCGCAUUCGAAGACAUGUUGCUCAUAGCAGCCUGCGCCUGGUCAUCGACUGCAGCUUUGAUGACUUGAUGGUGUUGAAGGACAUUAAGAAACUUCAUAAACAGAUUCAACGGUGUUAUGCAGAAAACCGCCGAGCAUCGCACCCAGUGCAGUUUUACCUGACGAGCCAUGGAGGUCAGCUGAAGAAGAACAUGGAUGAGAAUGACCGAGGAUGGGUCAACUGGAAGGAUAUUCACAUCAAAUCAGAGCACUAUAGUGAACUCAUAAAGAAAGAAGACCUGGUUUAUCUGACGUCAGACUCGCCUAAUGUACUGAAGGACUUGGAUGAGUCAAAGGCCUAUGUGAUUGGAGGGUUAGUGGACCACAACCAUCACAAGGGACUCACAUUUAAACAAGCAUCCAGUUAUGGAAUUGAACAUGCACAGCUCCCUCUUGCAGACUUUGUGAAGAUGAAUAGUCGAAAAGUCCUGGCGGUUAACCACGAGUUUGCUUGCCUAGGAAUAUGGCAUGGUACAUGUGUGGUCACAGGACAUCUUCCAGGAUGCAGUUCUUGCCGUAUACCUGCAGCAAUGAACUCCUACCCCAAUGAGAUAUGUUUUCAGUGGCGAAGAUUUCUUUUAUCACCAGGAAAGCGAGAAGAUCUAUGUUCCGUCUGUGAAGAGUCUUCACUAUGUGACCUGUGUCACACACACACACACACACCGCUCUGCUAAGAGCUGUAGACUUAGAAUUAGGAACUAAUUUCCUUCACUUUAUUAGUGGGGUGGGCUAGAAAUACAGCCUGCAGUUUAAGUAAUGAUAACAACACAAGUUGACUUUAUGUCCAAAAGAGAUACAAAAGCCUUGGAUCUCCAUGUCUAUUCCAGGAAGGGCUUUUCAACCACCUUCUGCUGUGGCUGACACUGACCAGUGCACCAAGUGUGAUGGUUUGUAUAUGCUUGGGCCAGGGAGUGGCACUAUUAGGAGGUGUGGCUUUGUUGGUGUGGCACUGUGGGUGUGGGUUUAAGACCCUUAUCCUAGCUGCCUGGAAACAAGUUUACUAGCAGCCUUCAGAUGAAGAUGGAGAACUCUCAGGUCCACCCGCACCAUGCCUGCCUGGAUGCUGCCGUGCUCCCACCUUGAUGAUAAUGAACUGAACCUCUGAACCUAUAAGUCAGCCCCAAUGAAAUGUUGUCCUUAUAAGAGUUGCCUUGGUCAUGGUGUCUGUUCACAGCAGGACAACCCUAACUAAGACACCAUGCUAAUGAGGAAAUGAGCCAACCUGGACUUGAGAGGACCAGGAUGGUGAGAAUGCUGUAAGGGCUGGCAGCUGUAGGAGAGCUGCCUCACAUGCAGACUCGUGUUGAGCACUUCUCCCGCACACGCUCAACUGGGACGGAGAAGAGUGACACACAGUAUGCUUUUACUCCCCGCUGAACAGACCCGAAAUGCCUGGAGUCUUAACAAAUAAGUGGAAGAAUCAGAACGUGUAAGACGAUGAGGAUUUCACAGGUUGAAGUAAAAGGAAGUUAAGGAGCCAGAAUUUCGUUAGAUACACCAGACAUCUUUGCCUUGAGGUCAUCAUAUGAUAAUAAAAAAUAAGAAUUUUUUUUGACAUCCUGAAAUUGAAAGACAGAUCUCAAAGCUCGGGGCCCAAAGAGGACCACCCAAGGACUCCAUCUGCUGAUGAUAGGGACACCCAGUCACGCCACAAUCUCUGAAUAAGAUCAACAAGGAUAUAAAAAGGCCAAGACAUUGAUGAUAACUGAUGAAAAUUUAACAUUUAUUCCUGGGGAAGAUGAUCAGAAGUUAUAAGCCUGGAGGCAGACGCAUUGCUCCAGCUAGCUUUAUGUCAAUUUGAAUCAAGCUAUAGUUAUAUGAAAGAAAGGAAUAUCAAUUGAGAAAAUGCCUCUGUAAGAUCCAUCUGUAAGGCAUUUUCUUAAUAAGUGAUUGACAGGGAAGGACCCAGUGCAUUGUGGGUGGUGCCAUCCCUGGGCUGGUGGUCCUGGAUUCUAUAAGAAAGCAGGCUGAGCAAGCCAUGAGGGUCAAGCCAGGAAGCAGCACUCCUCCAUGGCCUCUGCACCAGCGCCUGCCUCCAGGUUUCCGUCCUGUUUGGAUUCCUGCUUUCACUGCUUUCGAUGAUGAGGGAAAUAAACCCUUUCCUUCCCCAAGUUGAUUUUGCUCAUGGUAUUUCUUCACAGCCAUGAUGAUCCUAACUAGGACACAUCAAAAGAGAAAAGGCACAAAGUGGCAAUGCUGGGGAGCAGAAGAAAAAUGAUUGUACAGACGUAAAAUCAUGAAAAAAUACAUUUUAUGAACAAAUGUAAAUCCUAAAAGUUAAAUUAAAUAGACAAAUUCCUUGGAAAAAUGCAAGUUGCCUAAGCUUACUAAAGAUGGCAUAAAAAGCAGACCUCUGUGAGACAAAAGAAACUUUAUCUUCUGCUUAAAACUUUCGACUGGAGGGGAACUUGAAGCCUGUCUUUCCUAGAGAAUUUGAGCCAUCAACUCAGAUCAUCUAGAAGAUUAAAGAGAGGUCCCGACCAGUUACAUGGUGCCUGCAUUGUCCUCAGCAAACCAGAGAACGACGUCGUAAGAGAACUACAGCUUCUCCAAACAAGGACGUAAGAAUAUUAAACAGUAUUUUAUAAACCGUGGUAUUGAAAAUAACAACACACCAUACUAAGUUGACUCUUUACCCCAGAAUGCAAGGAUGGCUUAAUAUUGGAAAACCGGCCUAUGUGAUACACUAUAUUCAUAACCUAGCAUCUCAAAAGCAGAAAAAUCGAUUGGCAAAAUUCAUCCUUCACGUCUGAUCAAGAGUGGAAAUGUGAAGGAGCUGCCUUGUGAGCGUCUGAGCGGACAGGCCGACCUUGUCCUUCGUGGUGGAAGCCGCGGGCCAAGUGUAAGGCGAGGAUGUGGCCCCUGUUGUUUCUAUUUAACGUUCUUCAGGGGCCCGGCCGUCACGGUAAAGCAUAGCAGAGGUGUGCAGCAUGCUCAUUGGAAAAUAUUAUAGAAAAACUAGAAAUUUAGGCCUACUAAAAAUAGUAAUUUUUAAUUACUAACUAAAAUAAUGGAAAAUAAUACUUUUUCAGUUGCCAUUGAAGCAGAAAGGCAAGAUUGAGAUGUAAAGAAAACAUCUGCAAAACACAUGUGCACAAGGGCUUAGAUGACUACGUAGGAAGCUUUCAUAGCACAAUUACAAAAAGGCCAACAGCUCAACUUUAAAGACCUGUAAAAGCUUUGAACAUCCAUAAAAGAUCACAUAAAUGACAAGGAAGGGGAGGAAAGCUGCCAUCUUCAUUGUUUGGGAGAAAGAUCAAAACUAAAAGCACACAAGUAACACACCCCCGUCCCUGGGCUAGCAGGCUGUGCGUUUGGUUUUGGCUUAAGGCAGCAGCCAUAGCUCAAGCUCCUUGUGUUGGGAUGGCAUCCUGCAGCUCCAUUCCACUCCCAUUAGCUGAAAACUAAAACCCAGCAGACUACAUUUAAGGAGGAAGUGGAGGAAAGGAAACUCUGGACUCCGCUAAGCGAAAAGAAAACAGCUUGGUCAUAAAAUCACUGUACCUGCAGGGAUUGACUGGGAGCAGAGCAAGGACCAAAGCAUAUAAAGACUGUGUGUGUGUGUGUGUGUGUGUGCUCAUCAUAGCUGGUAAGAAGAUGGACAUGACCCAAUGCCCGUCAACAGGUGACUUCAACCCGAGAGGCAACCGAGUCCCUUGGCAUUAAAAAUCAACAUAGCAACUUCUGUAGAUCUUAGAAUAAUUUUGCUGAGUGAAACCUAAUCUUGAAAGAGAACUUGCAUGUGGUCUCAUUUACAUAAAAUUAAAAGUCUGUGCCACCUCACUAGCACAAAGCAGAUCAACGUUUGUCCCUAGGGGCUCUCAUGAGGAAACCCACGGAGCGGAGCUAGUAGCCGCACUCAGGCUCCUGUUGUGGGUGCU